AUGGACAUAGUCUCAGUCCGCUCACCCUUCUUCCCAGCCGGACCACGAUUUGCUGAAAGCCGUUCAGCCCCAGUCGGAAUCUGGAUUCGCAAGGAGGCCAAGACAUAUCGUCAAGUUUGUUCUGUUGGUGUGUGGAAGACAAAGCCCGCCAUCACCAGCAAAGCAGUACUGCCAAAGGCCGAAGACAUGGGCCCGGACUCCUCCUCCGCUCCGACGACAGGCUCGGGGCUCUCGCCGACAGAAGGCCCCGAGACGCCGCGGCCGGCGAGCCAAUCACAGAACAAUAACCCUACUACUACUACCACCAACAGUAACAACACCACCGCCAGCGGGAGCGGGAUCGGGGCCGGGGCAGCCAGCGGCCGAAGGAUAGAACGGUCAUGUAACCUGUGCCACAGGCGCAAGAUCCGGUGCGACAAGAAGUCGCCGUGCUCGUCCUGCGCCCGCGGCGGGUUCCCCUGCUUCUAUCCGCAGGCGGGCCAGCCGAUACGCCGGGUCCGAAAGACGACCAUCGCCGACGUGGCGAGCCGGAUCUCGGACCUGGAGAAGACGCUCGUCGCCGGGGUGGGUCAAUCGCAGCAGCUCUUCCGCGGCCGAGAAUCAUCGGCCACCAGGGAGACUCCGGCGCCUGCGCCUGCUCCUUCUGCGUCAACUUGGACUCGGCCGUCGACGGCCCCGCCGUCCGGGUCGUAUGCGAAGAGCCCUGGCGAUGAGAUCCUGGUGAGGAAAGGGACGUCGAGUCAGUACUUUGAUGAGGUUCUCAUCUCAAGGGUCAUUGAAGAGGAACAUGAUAUCCAGUCAGUCUUGACAACACCCCGGAGCGAGCCCGCUCCGCAAGCGGCACCAUCGCCGUUUAAUCCCAUGGGCAUCCUCUCAACGCCGGACCUCAAACAAGACCUCACACAACUCUUGCCCCCGAAAUGGGGCGCGAUCGAGCUGUGGAGGAACUACACCGACAACAUUGAGUCGUGCAAUAAGAUCAUCCACCGCCCGACGGCCGAGGUCCUCAUCUACACUGCAAUAGACGAUCCGGCCAACGCACACCUGGAGGCUCUGGCACUCAUGUUCGCGGUGUUCUUCGUCUCGACGAUUGUAUUGGACGCGAACACGGUGCAGAGAAUCGUCGGAGAAGAUAAGCCCACGGCCCUCCUCCGCUUCAAGACCGGGUUGGAGCAAGCAUUUGCCAAGGCCGACUUUCUCGAGCAUCCUUCGGUGAAGCUGCUGGAGGCUUUGGCUAUCUAUCUCGCAGCUCUUCGAAUACACAACCCAGGCCGAGGUCUCUGGACCUUGAACGGCCUAGCCAUCCGAGCCGCCCAGUCCAUAGGUCUGCACCGCGACGGCGCACGAUUCGGACUCUCCCCCUUCGAAUCCGAGAUCCGCCGCCGACUAUGGUGGCACCUCGUCGCUCGCGAUGGUAGGGCAUCCGAGGAUUACGGCAUCCAGAACCCGACCAGCUUCAGCUUCCCCAUCGGCGUGAACUACCCCUCCAACCUCGACGACAACGACCUCUAUCCCGAGAUGAAGGAACUCCCGCCGCCGCGGCCGGGCUGGACGCAGAUCACGCUCGCCCUGAUCAACAUCCAGAUCGCCCGGUCGUGGCACCAGCUCGCCGAGAUCGCCUCCGAGUGGAAGGACAAGCCGGUCCCGGAAUCCGUGCGCGAGAAAAUCGUAAACGACCUGCGGGACUACGCCGAAGGGUUCCUGCGGCACUGCAACCCCGUGAUCCCGCACCAGCGGCAGACGCUGCUCGUGGCGCGGUUCAUCAUCCGCAAGGUCGACCUCGUCACGAGGCAGCAGUGGCUCAACCUCGAACACCCGGAGGCGCGCGAGUCCUUCGCGACCGAGGAGAACCUGAACCAGGCGCUGGAGAUACUCGAGGCCGGGAUGAGCCUCGCGUCUGACGAGCUGCUGCGGCCGUACCGCUGGUCGAUGCGCGCGUAUCCGCAGUUCCACAUGAUUCUCUACGCCUUGUGGCAUCUUUGCGUCAAACCGGAGGGGCCGAAUGUUGAAAGGGCGUGGAGGGCGGUAGAGAUUGCUUUGGAUAACGCGAGGUAUGUCGGCACGGGCUCCGGGCCUGCGGCGAAGAUGACGGUGUUGGAGGCUUUGAGGGCCAAGGCUGUGGCGAUUCGUCAAGGUGUGAAUGCUGCUGGGGGCGGCGGUGAGAAGGAAAAGGAGGUGUAUCCCACGCCUGGGGCUACUGACGAAAGGUCGGAGAUCGAAGGGGUGGAAACUGGCCUGGAUGGGAUGAAUGGCGUUGACAACAUGGAUUGGAACAGCGUCAUGCAGGAUUUCCCGGACUGGAGCACGUUGAUGUCGGAGUUCCAGACGGAUGGGUUGGCUUUUCCGAAUUACCUCGACUAG